AUGUCGACCGCCAACAAGUCGUUGGACCAGUACAUAGGGGAAACGGUCCCCCAUUCGUUCAAUGUUGGAUUCGUGAUUUUGAGCUACGCCAUCAGCACGCUCGGCGCCGGCUCGACCCUCGAACUGAUCCGCCGGCGAACCUCCCUCAAGGGAACGUAUAAUCUUCUCUUGCUCGGGGGCGCGGCGAUAUCGAUGCAAGGGAUUGCAAUAUGGUCCAUGCACUUCAUCGCAAACCGGGCGAUUACCCUGUUGAAUGGAGAGCCGGAUCUGCAAAUUGUCUACUCGGCUCGCACCACUGUUGCGUCGUUUUUCGUACCAAUCGUCGUUCUGCUCCUUGCGUUUCUCGCCGUCAAUAUCAACGAAGACGUCCGAUGGUGGCGCGUCUGUCUGGCGGGCUUGCUCUCAGGCAGUGCCAUCUGCGGCAUGCAUUACCUAGGCGAUGCGUCCAUCAGCAACUACCACUGCAGUUACAACAUCGCCAACGUCGUCGGCGCGGCCGUCAUUGCCCCUUCGGCUAGCACAGCAGCUCUGUCUCUCUUCUUCGUCUUCGCGAACGCCUGGACCGACUCGACCCUGAGGAGAAUUGGUUGCGCCUUCAUCCUCGCCGGCGCCGUGUCUGGAAUGCACUGGUGUGCGGCCUUGGGGACGAGAUAUAUGUUACGAUAUGUGCACAUUUCCACUGAUGGCGAGACUUCGAGGAAUACUACGGUCAUAGCAGUCAUCUGCCUGUCCAUUGUCGCAUCUUGUAUCAUGAUCACCACCGCCAUUUGUACCGCGCGGACGAGGAAACGAUAUGCUGCAAAGGCACAGCAGAUCGUCUUGGCGGCUGCAGUGUUCGACGAUCAGGGUAGGAUCCUAGUCAACCCAGAUGGCCUACUGCCCAGCCAGACGAUCACGGAGGUGUUUCCGCAAAAGUCAGUGGACGACAUCUUCAGCACGGCCCAUCCCCUAUUCCACUGGAUGUACAGGGCGUCCCGAAACUGGUCAAACGUCACGACCCUGCUCGACUGGAUGAAGGCGCACCUGGACUACCUCCCCCAUGGUGGCAGGCGUGGCAUGGGGUCCAUCAAACUAGUCCAGGAGAACGGCCAACUCGUCGAAAAUUACGACAUGAAAUUUCGCGAGCUGUUCUGUAUUGCUGCGUCCACGCUGUCGGCCCGGAUGGGCGAGGAUAUCGCCAACGCCGGAGCGCUCUGGGACGAGAUUUUCGCCACAGGCACUAGCAGCAAACCACGGCCACUCACCCAACCUUGGCCAACGACCGACGAGAUAGCUAACCCUAAUGGCCCGGAUGCCUGGUUGAGGCCGAGCCAAGACCUGAGCGGCCGAGGGUCUCUCCUAUUCUUGGUGCGGCAUGUCAGUGCAUCCCAUGAGAUGGCCAGACUUGAAGCUUCCGGGUUCCGGUUCGCCGAGCCGCGCCGUGUUGUCGACAUCAUCCGAUCGAGCAUGCAGAUCAGGACACAGCGGCUGGAGGGAAAACUGCUCGACAUGGCCACCUACACGGAGAGCACGGCCACAGUCGAGCCGGGAGUCCAUCUUGGCGUGUUUGCUCUCCGCGCCCGGGUGGACAGAUUUGGAUUCGACGUCUUGGUUAAUAGAAACUCGCGGAACACCCUCCCGACAGUUAUGCUACCUGUGAAGAAGCUUCAGCAGUGGCACCACGACUUUCUCCUAGACCUCGAUGGCCAGCCCGUGCCCACGCUCCUUCGACGGCUGGAGCUUAUGAACGACCCCCAGCCCCUCAAGGCCCAAUUCGCUGCCCAGCUGCGAGGGGCCAUCUCUGCCCUGGGGAACGAGAUCAAUAGCCACGUGUGCGAAGAGGCGUCACUUUCGGCUAGGGUCGUCCAGAUACCGUGCCGGCCGCUGGACGGCUCCUCAUCGGGCCCAAACACUUGCCCGCUCAUCACCCUGCAGGUCAUCCUCAAUAUCAACGCCACUGUGCACGGCCGGUCCUGGACAUUUGUGCCCCUACAGUUCUUUAAGGUGCGUCAGCUGGUGUAUGAAAACUCGCCGCACCAUGCCGUGUUCGGCCGCGCCCUGCACCGUGAGAUGUCCGCCAUUCUGUCGUCCCUACCG